CAGGCCAAUUUUGGACAGCGUACCGGAAGUAAACAUAAAAUGGGUCGCAGUCGCGGCAGUGGAGCAGAAUAAGGAAUAAUUGUUUUUGUAAUAGUAAAAAUGGACCGCUUUUCGUGGUCAAAUGGGCUCUUAGAAAUAAACGAAACUUUAGUGAUCCAGCAACGAGGUGUCAGACUGUAUGACGGUGAUGAUAAGGCUAAGCUGGAUGUUGGAGUUGCCUUGUUGAGCACCCAUCGGUUGAUAUGGAGGGACGUUAAAAGUCAUGAAUGUUGCAUAGCCAUGCCCCUGUCACAGAUCAUCUUCUUUGAGGAGCAGGCUGCAGGAAUAGGAAAGAGUGCAAAAAUAGUUAUCCACCUGCACGCAACACCUGGCAACAAGGAGCCAGGUCCCUACCAACACAGCAAGUACUCCUUCAUCAAGCUGUCCUUCAAAGAACAUGGGCAGAUUGAGUUUUACAGGAGGCUAACAGAGGAAAUGACUCAGAAGAGAUGGGAGAAUACACCAGUUUCCCAACCCAUCCCCACAGGAACCGGCUCUCAGGCAGGAAGGGUCCGUGCAGUGGGGAUUGUUGGCAUUGAGAGGAAGAUAGAGGAGAAGAGGAAAGAAACAGACAAAAACAUUUCUGAGGCCUUUGAGGACCUCAGUAAGCUAAUGGUGAAGGCCAAAGAGAUGGUGGAGCUGUCCAGAUCUAUAGCCAGUAAGAUCAAAGACAAGCAGGGAGACAUAACAGAAGACGAGACAAUCCGGUUUAAGUCCUACCUACUGAGCAUGGGUAUUGCUGACCCUGUUACCAGAGAAACACAUGGAUCAGGUACACAUUACCAUUUGCAGCUGGCUAAGCAACUGGGAGAUAUGCUACAGGCCCCACUAGAGGAGCGUGGGGGUAUGAUGGCUCUCACUGAGGUGUACUGUCUUGUCAACCGUGCUAGAGGGAUGGAGCUUUUAUCACCAGAAGAUUUAGUAAACGCAUGCAAGAUGUUUGUAUCAUUGAAGCUCCCGUUGAGGCUGCGUGUGUUUGACAGUGGUGUGAUGGUGGUCCAGCUGCAGUCUCACAGCGAAGAGGAAAUGAUAGCCUCAGCACUGGACAAUGUGUCAGACAAAGGCUCUUUGACAGCAGAGGAGUUUGCAAAGCUCUUGGGUCUCUCUGUUCUUCUGUCUAAAGAGCGGUUGUUGCUGGCUGAGAAGAUGGGCCACCUGUGUAGGGAUGACUCUGUUGAGGGUUUGAGAUUCUACCCAAACCUCUUUUGACCCAUUUACAGUCAUUAUUGUUGAGAUAGAAAAAAAUAACUUAAUCUGGGCUGCACUGUCUCUACUGAGUGCAUUAAAACAAUCUACAACUACAUGUACAUACUAAUGAACAGCAGCAGAGUGCCUGCUGUACUGUACUGUCUGGUUAUGAUUAUUGAACAGUUGGUGUUCUGUUUGUGGUAGAUCUCUGCAAAUCCACUGUAGGUACUACCAGCUAUUUUCUAUCUAGGUCUAAGAGCGAGACUGUCUUUAAAGUUUAUCAAAAAUAUACUUUUCCAGAAACUGUUCAAGAAACUGCAAAUACUCGACAUGCAGCAAAGUAUUCCCAGGUUCGCUGUGUGGUCAUCAAGUGAUCAUCAUGUGUAUUUAGUAACAAACGGGUUUGGGUAAACUGACUUAAUGGGAUAUUCAGUGUACAUUUUUUGCACCACUUUGAUUUAGAAUUUCAUUGAUGACACUUUCUUGUGUCGCACAGCUUAUACCUUUUUACAAGUAUUGUCGACUGUUAGGAAAAGCCCAUAGCCACUGAUCACAUGUUUUCCUCAGUAAAAAAUACAUUUAUGUAAUAAAUGAUUAAGAAAUAUA